UAAGACUUUACAUAACAAUCUAUCAGCUUUGGAUGCCAUAGUUAGUGGCUGUUCCAUUAUUAACAAAAGCAGUCUAAACUUUUGGCAAAGUUUUAUAUACUAUUGUGUUUCUAAGGCCGAGUCAAAAAUAAUUUUCCACCUCAUCACCUCACUACUACCAUGGCUCGUAGGGAAGAGCAUAGUAAACAAAAUGGUGCUGCACCACCAAGAAGUGAAGCUUCUUAAAUGCUUGUGUGAUCAACUCACAACCCUAAAUGAUACACAAGUGGUCUCAUUGGCAAAGCGUGCAGUCUUUGAAGCAGCGAGUUUAGACAUUUGGCAAGUUAUCUUAAAUAUUGCGGAAGCAUAUCCUAUGUCGGUUUAUUUCAGAACCGACAUGCGGCAGUAUAUACUUCACAUCGCAGUAGAGAAACGUAGCGAAAAUGUUUUUAACCUUGUUUGUGGAACCAAUGUGCUUAGCAUUACUUUACCGAAUUUUUCGGACACAAAUGGUAAUAGUGUUUUGCAUUUGGCUGGGAAAUUGGCACCUCCCCACAAACUAAAUCUUGUUUCUGGUGCAGCUCUUCAAAUGCAACGAGAGCUUCAAUGGUUUAAGGAAGUGAAAAAAAUCACACCAUCACGUUUCUUGUCAUAUGAGAAUAAAGAUAAGAAAACACCGAGUAUGGUCUUUACUGAGGAGCAUAAGGAGUUAAAAGAGACAGGGGAGAAAUGGAUGAAAGACACAGCAAAUUCAUGCACAAUUGCUGCAGCCCUCAUUGUAACUGUAGUCUUUGCAGCAGCCAUUACAGUUCCGGGUGGCAAUAAUGGUGGAAAUGGCCUCCCAAUCUUCUCCAACAACACUGUUUUAACAGUAUUCGCCAUCUCAAAUGCUGCAUCUCUCUUCACAUCAGCUACUUCCUUGCUCGUCUUCUUGUCCAUCCUAACUUCGCGCUAUGCAGAACAAGACUUCCUAUACGCUCUUCCCAAGAGAUUAAUCAUAGGCCUCUUCACCUUGUUUUUGUCCAUAAUAUUUAUGAUGAUUGCCUUCUCCGCCACAGUGUAUCUCGUAUUUGGGCAAAACAGAAGGGAAGUUCUUAUUAUGGUGGCUUCAUUUGCAUGUUUGCCGGUCACUUCAUUUGUGCUUCUUCAAUUCCCUUUGCUGGUAGAUUUGGUGUCAUCUACGUACGGACGGGGCAUUUUCGAUCAGCGUGGAUUUCCCCAGCUCCCAUAUUGAUUUGCAUGCCACUCAAAUUGACUUUGUAAUGCUUUGAUCAUUUUAAUUUGUGGUUCUAAGCAAGUUUCAGCCAAAGUUCUUUUUGAUUCCAUAAGGCAACCAUAUAUCUCCAACACACUUCACCACAAGUACGAAAUAUAAACAGAAUGUGAAAAAAAAAAAACACAGAAAAAACAGCAAUAAUGUUUUUAACCUAAGCUACCAACAUCCUAGAAAUCACAAACAAUCAUUUCAAGUUCAGUCAGAAACUGACUACAAAUUCCCAUCUGCACACGUGAGAUGUUAAAUGCUAAUGCCUAAAGUUAUGUUGAAAGCUCACCAGUUCUUCAGUUCAUGGUGAAAAGCUUCAGACUUCAAGAAUUCAUGGUGAAGUAACUUGGCUGCUUCUAAUUCUGCUAGAGCGCCUUACAGGAGUUAUAAUUUCUUCACCUCCACCACUUCCCUAUAAUAACAAAGAAAAUAGCCAUAGUUGUUAGAAGAGGGGAAUGGUGUUUGAGAAACACGAAGACUGCAACUGCCACUGCACCAAGUAAAAACGACGAAAUUCCCAGGAUAGUAGAACUCCUUUCCUGAAUCGUAUACGACAGCAUCUCUGAAGUUGA